UCUCAACUAUCAACUAUGCUUCUCCUAUUGCAGGACUCCAGCUUUCACUCCAAGCUAAAGAACCUAAAACCCUUAAAACCCAUGCCCCCUUUUCUUAUCUCAUAUUCUAACAUCAAAUUCACUCAAUUCCCCAUAAAAUCAGACCUACAAAUUGGACAUAUGUGAUAAAAUCUCAAAAAAUUUAACUCCAAAAGCGUCAAAAUUUCAUGCUUCUACUACAUGUUAACAUUAUCAAGAAUGAAAUCACUACUUUACCCAAUACUUUCAAGACCCCCAACAGCUCCUUUAUCUUUCUGCUUUCAUUUUCAAGAACCCAUUUUUGUAUGCAGAAGAUAUGGGGUUCUUAGUACUUUCAAAAACCAGCCUAUUUCCGUUCAAACACUAAACCCCAUGAAUAAAGUUUCUUCCUUUAGAUGUUCUACUGUGCCAAACCAUAAUCAAAUUCGGGUCUUGCAUAGUGAGGUCUCGGGUUCGGAUUCGGGUGAGGUUCAUGUGAUUGUGGGUCCCAUGUUUGCUGGAAAAACUACUACUCUUUUGAAGAGGAUAAAGUCUGAAAGCAGCAAUGGCAGUUUUCAGGCCAAUGGUGUAAAGAACUCCCUCUAUUUGGAUGAGACAAUAAAAGGUCUCUGUUUCUCUGGAAGGGUGGCUGAAGCAGUUGGAAUAUUAUGCCGCUCUGGUGUACAGGUGGAGUCAGAAACUUAUUCCCUUGUUUUGCAAGAGUGCAUUUUCCGGCAGGCGUAUAAGAAAGGGAAAAGAGUCCAUUGGCAAAUGAUUGUUGUCGGCUUUGUUCCAAAUGAGUAUCUGACUAUUAAGUUGUUAAUUUUGUAUGCAAAAGCAGGAGACUUGGAUACCGCACACAUUAUAUUUGAUAAGUUGCAAUUCAAAUGCCUGGUUUCAUGGAAUGCUAUGAUUGCAGGAUACGUGCAGAAGGGUAUGGAGGAAAUAGGCCUGAGUCUCUACCAUAAUAUGAAACAAAGAGGUGUACUUCCAGAUCAGUAUACAUUUGCAUCAGUCUUUAGAGCCUGUGCCUCUUUAGCAGUCCUGGAGCAGGGCAAGCAAGCACAUGUGCUGUUGAUUAAAAGCCAAAUUAGUGGAAAUAUUGUAGUUAAUAGUGCACUUAUGGACAUGUAUUUCAAGUGUAGUUGUCCAUCUGAUGGCUAUCUUGUGUUUAGUAAGUCCUUGGAAAGGAAUGUGAUAACAUGGACUGCUUUGAUAUCUGGGUAUGGACAAAAUGGAAGAAUAAAAGAUGUUCUGGAAUCAUUUCAUAGGAUGAUAGAUGAAGGGUUUAGGCCAAACCAUAUUACAUUUCUUGCUGUUCUUUCUGCUUGUAGCCAUGGGGGUUUGGUAGAUAGAGGUAAGGAGUAUUUUUCAUUGAUGAUGAGAGAUUUUGGGCUUCGACCAAGAGGAAAACACUAUGCAGCUAUUGUGGAUCUUCUAGGCCGUGCUGGAAGAUUACAAGAGGCUCAUGAGUUUGUCAUAAACUCGCGUUGCGGGGAGCACCCAGUAUUAUGGGGUGCCCUACUUGGGGCUUGUAAGAUUCAUGGAGAUAUCGAGAUGGUAAAACUUGCUGCUAGAAAUUUCUUUGACUUGGAGCCAGAGAAUGCUGGCAAAUAUGUUGUCUUGUCGAAUGCAUAUGCUUCUUUUGGUUUAUGGAACAACGUUGCAGAGGUAAGGAGACUGAUGAAGGACUCGGGGGUGAAAAAGGAGCCUGGUUAUAGUAUGAUUGAGGUUCAAAGACAAACACAUUUCUUCUUUAUGGAGCAUAAUGCUCAUGAACAGACCGGUGAGAUAUAUAAAUUGGUCAAAAAUAUGGCAGGUGUCCUAAAAGACGCUGGUGAUGUUCCAGAUUUACUGAGUUAAAGGGAAAGGACCAACAUCAAUAUAGAUUGAGCUUGGUUGAAUCCUCAGCCAUUUAACUGAGUAGAGUCUUUUUAAGAGGAAAAUUUGCUGUAUCUCCAGAAACAGCUAUGCUUGCCACACUCCAGCUAUUAUACUAGUAGCCUUUUAAGCUAUAAAAGCGGAAAAACUAACAGUCAAAACAGAAAGGAAAACAGGCUUCAGCCUCUGUGCUAUGCAGUUUCCACACAAGUUUUCUUUGGUGAUGCUAUUUGCCUUUGAAUGUAGAAAAUGGAUUGUGUUGUCUUUGCAGUUUCAACUGCUACAAGAUGGUGCAUUUCAGCAAGCCGGGGCUUGCUAUUUGCUUCUAUGAGGAACAAGUAUGUGAAUAAACAGAUGGAUUGUUACGAGCAGUAAUGUGAUGGAUCUCGGUUCAUGGGACGCGGUUCUUGGUAAAACAAGUACAGUUCUUGGUAAAACAAGUUUACCAAAGUAAACAUGUCCUUUUGGAGGUCAUUUGGACUAUAUUGCUGUAACAAUGGAGUUGACUAGUUUCUGAUAAAAUGCUUAAAAAGCCAUACGUCAUCAUAAUUUGAAUUUAGCAAAUAAUUUUGUUUCUUCUACUAUAUUAUAUUCUAACCAAUGCUGCCCACAGAUGAUGAAUUUUAGGCAUUGUAGAAAACAUUUCAUGUAAAAUUUGUUUAUAUUUCUAUUUAUUUUGUUAUAUGCUAUGUCUGGUGGUCAAGCAAAUCAUUCUAUGUUGUCACUAAGGUACAUUUAGGCAAUGCAUGAAAUGUUUCAACCUAUGACUUCUACUAUGGAACUGGCAUAAUUCCAUGCAGCUAUAGUCAUGUAAACAAGCAUAAAAAAGUGGGUGUGUGAAAUUUAUGUCUUCAUGUGGUGGCAUUAGUGUCUACUGUUUGAUAGAUUAAAAUAAACAAGUUCUUUUACCUUUUUAUGUUAGACUAUGCUUCCCUUGUUUGCCUUUUCAUAUUAGAUUAAGAUAGAGAGCCGCACAAACUGCAAAAGUAAAACUUGAACAUUCAGUUCCUACUGUGUUGACUUGAAGUUUGUGCGAGGAUCUAUCUCUUGUGCAGCCAACCGCACAGAAAAGUAGAACCAGCUCAUUCUAUUUCCUUUUGUUCAAUGGAUGAAAUCAUUCUGAAAGUUUCAUUCUUUACGUGAAAGUUUACAAACCAAAAAAUUAACUUCAAGAUAUCAAAACUUUGACAUGAAAGUUGAGGACAUAACUUGAUCCGCGACGCAUGCAAACUUCUGAGUUUUGAAACACUGCUUGAAAUUUGAUGAUCUUGAUAGAGAUUCAAGGCUUUCUGAUGUUCAUAUGUCAUCGUCUGAUUUAAUUGCCAUGCUAUUUCCCCCU